AUGUCUUCUAAUGGAUGCCGGUCUUCCUCUAUUGACAUGUCGAACCUUGCCAUUCACUGGUCACUAUUGGAUUUCCGAUACGGUUUGAAACAUAUUACUUUCCGAGAACGCUGUGAUAAGCCACCUUCUAAAAGGAACCCUCAUUCCGGAGCAGUGAUCUACAUCGCCGCAUUUGCAUGGGGACUAUUCCCUGACAAUCGCACUCAUGAUCCUCGCGAAGCCGCCCAUAAUGUGCCUGGCAUCAGUGCUGAAGCUCGAAGCCCAAGCUUCAGCCUGAGCACGUACGCAUGUUUCGCAGAUCGCCUCCUCGUUCGCCGGCACGACAGUAAUGCGGCGUCUUGUUUCUUCGGGGUGUCAGCGGGACCUGUAAGACGGGGUGAAAAGACAGGCGCAAAGUAG